UCACACACAAGAGGUAUUGCUCACUGGUGCUGAGAGACACAAACAGAGAGGAAGGAGACCACAGCAAGAAAUCAGAGGUUACAGAAAGAAGAGUACCAGACUGUCAAGAAGGAAAACCUGAAAACAUGACGAUUGGUAAGAGUUCCAGGAAAAGUUCUGUGAGGAGCUCCAUCAGGGCACCAAAGUUUCUUGACAAAGCAAGUGGCUUUUACGGCCGCCUGGAUGAGCCUGAGGUUGCUGGAGAAGAGGAGGAACAGGGGAGAUGGAGUGUAACAGAGGAAAAUGUCAGAAAGGACAUUUCUGAGGCAGAUCAGAGGGAAGAAAUCAAUGUAUUUGACUUCAAUGAGGGGAUGAUGGAAGAUGACGGGAAGACUCUCCUCCAGAGGAAUACCAGUCGCCGUAGCAGCAGGUGGAGAAGAAGCUCCAGGAGGAAGCAGAAGGAGGGUAAAGCAGAGGAGGAUGCAACCCAAGAUAAGACACCUAGCUUGGGCACAGAGAGUUCGUCUGACCCGCAUGUCUUGGAGAACACUGGGGGGAUGAUGGAGGUGGAGAUGGAGAAACUGAAGAAGAUGGAUGAAGAGAAAGAGCAGGAAGGACGAGGGACGGAGCCCACGCUUGUUCACUUCACAGUUCGAGAGGAUAGGGACGACCAGGUCCUGAUCAGGGACAAGAAGAGGGGUAGAGAAGAAGAGGGAGAGGAGGAGAGGAAGAUGAAGAGGGAGCAAGAAGAGGGGAUGAAGAUGGUGAAGAGGAACUCUGUGAAGAAUUACCGCAAGGCCUUUGACCGAGCUUUUCGUCGUGGCUGGGAGGCUUUCAUCACCAACCUCUACAGUGUCACACUCACACCUGUGACAUCAUCCUCAUCGCAAUCUUCAUCUCCUGCGUCAAAGAAGAAAGAGCAGCACUGCUCUGUGUUGGCUGAGUUCCAGUAGACCAGGAGAGCAUCAUGAACAAUAAAAUGAAUCUUAUUCUAGUAUUUUGCGUAGUAUUUAAAUCAUGACUAUUGUUUUGCGAUGGACAAUUCGGCGUGUGUGACACUUACUAAUCCAUCAAUGUGGACUUUUUAUGUCACAUCUGAGUCAUCCACAAGGCCUCAUUAAUUACUCAUGUAGGUUACUGAGUCUUAAUCACUUCUCAUAAAGUUUACUGCUUUAUCUUAUAGUGGUGCACAGUAAUUAGCACGAACACUGCAGGUACUUCGUUUUUUUUAUUGUAGCCAAGCUGUUGAUUUUACUUUGAAGUCAAUGGGACUAGUGUGAAUAGAAAAGUCUGGUCUUCGUCUGACUGAGUACGGCUGCUACUGGCUCCCUACUACAAUGCUGCUGAUUUCACACUUCUAGUCAGCAUUGCAGGAAUGUCUUAACAGCUCAACCUCUGAAAUCAGGUCCACUAUUAAGAGCUAGGUGCACUGAUAAUCUUUGCUUCCCUGUGGUUUGGCACUGUGACCCAAGUGAAGUGUUGAUGUGUAACCAAAGGAAUGGAAUUUUCCGUAUGGCUAUGACUGAUUAGUGGACUUGAUGAUGUGGAAACACUUAUUUCUGUAUGUUAAUCAGUGCCGUUUACUAUGGUUUGUUGGCUAAUCAGUAAUCAGUCGUAGUAAAUGACAGGAGGAGACACUUGAGAUUGUGAUCUUUGCACCGUACAGAUGCACAGAUGCACAUGUGUGUGUUAAUAUCUGGAAGAGAUGGAACAUUUCAUCAGUAUUAACAGUAUUUACAGUCUAUGGUAUUAACCGCAUUAAAUGGAGAUUUUCAAUCAGUGUGUGAGCAGAAAUACACAAAAUCACUUCUAAGUUGAACUAAUGAUGAGAUAGUGUUUCACCCUCACUGUGUGUUCUGGUGAAGGUAUUUAACCUGAAGGAACAGAGCAGGAGAAUGUAUGUUUGAGAUGUAUAUGUUUUAAUUUGUCACUACAUUGCAGCUGCACAAAAUGGUUUUUUUUUUAAAACAUCCUCAUUUGAAAAGAAAAGUUGGCCUAAACUAUCACUCAUUGGCUAACUAAAGGUACAAACACAUAAUAACCUACUUCAGUGCUAAUGCAACUGUGACAAGAGUAGAUUAUACUGUAUGACUGAUUCAGGAGAUUUAUGUUAUGUUAAUUGUUUACGAUUGCUUAAAUUAAAAAUGAUACCCUUUCAUAGAUAUGUUUUAAUUUUCCUGUUAUCUGCUGUGUAUUUGUUCUAGUAUUACUACAAAUGUACUGGGUAAUUAUUGCAGACAAGACUGAAAAGGCGGGAAAACUUGUUUUGGUUGUAAAUAAUGAUUGUCACAUGAUAUAUAUAUAUUUUUUAAUAAAAAAUCCUUUUGUAUCCUAAUUGAAGCUUCAUGAAUAUCAAGAAGCACUUC